UAUGAGCAAUAUUUUUAAAAAAACAUGAUGUUUAAUAAUUUUUUAUAUCUUUUUAAGAUACUAAUUCUCGUUAAUUUAAAGUUUGGUACUUCUACUAUUAGUAAUGUACCAUCAAUUUUCUAUACACUUUGUCAUUCUAUUGAUAAUAAUGAUUCCGUUUCCCCUUCAUGUUUUGGAUAUAUACAUUUAAACCCUAAAAAUAUUCAACAAAUUACUGCCAGCUUGUUAAAAAAGGAUGAAUUGCCACCUUCAAAAUUGACAAACAGUAAUAUAAAAUCCCAUGAAAACAAUAAAAUAUAUGAGGAUUCUUUGUCCGAUGAUAUAAAUAACAUAGAGGAUGACCCCUUUUCAUACAUAUCCCCAACUCAAACUGUCAUUUCCUCUGAAUUUCAACCACAGCCUGUAAAUUUUAUGCCCAUUGAGGAGGCUCUUAAUUUAGAGUUUUGGAAAACUUUAGGCGAAAGUUGUAAUAAAGAUGGCUUAUAUAAACUUAGACUAUUUAAACAGUUUGAUUUUCAAAAAUCAGAAAAACUGGCUCCUAAAUUGACUGAUUUUCAUUUGCAAACCUUUACUAAAUCUUGCUUUAUUUAUUACUCAAAUUUUUCUGUGACAUUCUCUUUAAAUAUCAUGGAAGAUGAAUCAACACAGAAUAUAAAUUCAUUAGAUAUGAAAAAGGAUGAUUCUUGGUUGGAUAGAGGUCCAUCAGAUGGUUGGCAUGUUUUAAGUAUUAAUAUUAAGACACCAUUAAUCAAUUAUCUAUCACCAAAACAUGAAUCAAAGAAAAAUAGUAUUGUUGUAUCUGAUUUAUUAACAAAGAACAAACAUAACAUUCACAGACCAGAGACCGCAAAUAAUAUAACCGUUUUCUUGCAGCGAACUAUCCAGGCACCGACUCCAGAUACUCAAGUAUGGCUUCAAAGAUUGGAGAUGGAAAAGGCUGAAAAGGCUAAAUCUAUUCAAGGAGACAAAACUUCAUUCCUUUCAAAAUAUUGGAUAUAUAUUGUUAUAUUUUUCGUUUUUAUAGUGGUUUCAGGCGCUAUAAAUCCUGAAAAUUCCUGAAAUUAAAUCGAAUAAAAUGUGCC